AUGGCGCAUUCGCCGGCGCACUCCUCAUCCUCUUCCAACUCUGGCGACUCCGGCCUCCCUCUCGGCGCGCCUCAACCUGCCUCCCUCGCCGUGGUUCAGACGGUCAACAUCCGCAACCACGUCCCCAUCCUCCUCGACCUCUUCGACUCCAACUACAGCCAGUGGCGCUGCCUGUUCGACUCUGUUCUCGGCAAGUUUGGCCUCGUCGGUCACGUUCGCUCGCCGCCGCCACUCAAUGAACGCGAUGCCGAGUGGCGUCAAGUUGACUGCACCCUCACCAAUUGGAUCUACACCACCAUCAACAAGGGCGUCUUCGACCUCGUCUACAAGCCCGAUGCCUCUGCGUUCACCAUCUGGACGGAUAUCGAGGGCCUCUUCCGCGAUAAUGAGAUGCAGCGCGCGGUUCUCCUUGAGGCCGAGUUCCGCAGCAUCAUUCAGGGCGACCUCAGCAUCUCCGACUACUGCGCCAAGUUGAAGAAGCUCGCCGACAGCCUGCGCGACGUCGGCCACCCCGUCUCCGAGCCCAGCCAGGUGCUGAAUCUGCUUCGCGGCCUGAACAAGAAAUUUCGCCAUGUCAAGCCGGUGCUCACCUCCAAGACGCACACCUUCAUGAGUGCGCGCUCCUACCUCCUCCUCGAAGAGCUGCAGCUGCAACAGGACGACAAGGCGGAGGCUGGCCAGGCGUUCCUCGCCGGCCACGGUGGUUCUGCCGGAUCCGCUCCGCAGGGCGGCGCCUCCGGCCACGGUGCCCCCUCCUCCGGCACUGGAGGCUCCUCCAGCGGCGACACUGGCGGCAACCGCAGCUCCCGCUCCAAGCACAAGCGCCGCGGACGCGGCCCCACCACCGGCUCCACCACAUUCGGCGGCAACAGCUCCGGCGGCGCACCCCAGCGCCCACCCGCUCCGUGGAUGGGCAACUUCAACCCGUGGACUGGGCUUGUCCAGGCCUGGGGCGUGCCCUUCCGCGCGCCCGGCUCCGGCGUCCUGGGUCCUCGUCCGCCGUUUCAGGCCCAGCAGGCGAUGAUGGCCCAUCACCAAUCUCCUACUGCUCUGGGGCCUUCUUCCUCCUACGGUGCGUCGCCAUGGGACACCAGCGCGCUCUACACCGCCCUGAACUCUGCUGGCGUCGCCACCCAGCCGCCGAGCUCCGCAGAUUGGUACCUCGACACCGGCGCUUCAUCGCACAUGUCGUCUACCUCCGGAUCUGGCCACCCAAACGGUGAUGCUCCGAUGUGA